UAUUACUCAUUACCGAGCGUGCCAGAGGUCGAAGCACCUGGAAGGAAGAGACUGGAGGAACGUCUGUGGUAGGGUAGUGAGACGACGCCAUUAAUGACCAGAAACCUGGCAUUUAUCAUUUGAAAUUUGUCUAAAUCCCCUGUUACGUUUUUCUCGCUUCCACUGAGACGUUUAGGGGGUGUUUGGUUCGGUAAUUCUUUGGGCUGACAUUCCUCAUAAUGAUAAUUCUUAAUUUUUGGAGUUGUUUGGUUCCACUAGAAUGACCCUGAUAAGUGAACAUCCUACUUCCCAGGAAUGAUUAUAUUACAAAAGAUGUGUUUCAAAUCUGAGUUUACCUCAACACUUAAACUCAGAUUUGAGCAACGUUUUUACCACCUAAUAUAAAAGGAGAUAACGGAAAGAUAUUCUCUACGGAAGCCAACAUCUCAACCCGUGACCUCUCAAACCACAUCUGCGAUCUGCGACCUCUCAAACCGCGACAUUCUCACCGACGACUGCAGUGGCGAUUGAAGUGAUCUGCUCUCUGGUUCGCCUGCCCUUCCACCAACGAUGUUUGCUUCAGCCAACCGACGACUCUACAAAUUUGGAUUUGGUAUUCUCCUCCUCCUCUCUCUCCCUCUCUAUGUUUGUCUUGCAUUUUGGACUUGGUUCAUGAGGAUCAGUUAAUCAGGUCUGCUAUCAGUUUUCAUGAGGAUCGGUUAAUCAGGUCUGCUAUCAGUUUGUGAAUUGCAAGUUACUACAAAUUUUAUGCAUAUUAUCUACCUUUUUUUUAGUUUGAGAUAUUUGUUGACACAUUACUUGUAGCAUUUGAAUGACUCAUCUUUCAUACAAUAUGUAGCACCCCAAUAAAAUAAUAAAUAAAUACAUCUAACAGUAUUUGAUAUGGUAAUUGGUAGAGCAUUAUUGUGGAUAGAAAUUAGUUUAGUGAAUAUCAUGGAAUAAAAAUUGCAGGUUACAUUUUGAUUUGGCAGGUUCAAAGAAUGGUUUUGCAGAGAUUUUUUUUUUAGGUUCCUUGAUCAAUUUUGUUUUGAGUGGUUGUUAUGGUGAAGUAAUGGAAGUUGUAGUUGUUGCUAGUAAUGGACUUAGAGGGAAUGCUUGUAGGAGUAUAAGACAAAGGAAAAUAGGUUUCAGUGUCUAAAAUUUUCUACUAGAAAUGAAGAGGAUGAGAUUACUAUUACCUGUGGAUUACUUGUGAAAAGUCCCUUGUGAGACCAAGUUGUUGCCUGCCAAUGGAAAGUUCGCUUGAUCCUAAUGACCUUAUUAUUGUUGAUCCUCAUUAUGCUUCAGUUUUUAAGAUACAUCAUCUAUUAUAUUCAGAAGCAUUUCAUUUGAAUUCUUUUGUCUGAAAGCCUGAAAUUUUUUCUUUCUUUUAAUAGUUUUGAUUUCUCUUCUUUGAAUACAUAUGAAUACAUUAUUGGUUUUCUGAAGUGCUUGUUUAAUUCUAAAUUGUAGAUUUAUGUAAAAAAUGGAUAGUAAUGAUGAAUAUGAUGAGUAUUAUCAGAGGCGCAAGAAAGUAAUAAUAUUUGUGGCUACUGCAGUUGUUAUAGCAAUGGAACAGUAUAAGAAAUUGUUUCUAUGUAAACAACCUUAUCGUAAUGAGACUCAACGUGGCUCUUUUGAGACACAACGAAUCAUUGGACAUACUGACAAGACAUGUCAAAACAUGAUAAGAAUGAGUCGAAAGGCAUUCUUUAACCUAUGUCAAGUGAUGCGUGCCAAGGGUCUUCUACAUGAUACAAUUAACGUUCAAGUGGAGGAACAAGUUGUUAUUUUUUUAUAUGCAAUCGGUCACAAUGUUAAGAACCGCGUCCUCUUACAUUUGUUUGGGCAUUCAGGUGAAACUAUCAGCCGGUAUUUCAAUGGUGUUUUGGGAGCAGUUCUCAAACUGUACUCGGUGUUGUUGAAGCCUCCGAGUACCAUAACACAUGAGCGAAUAUCAAGUAACUAUAGGAGCUUUUAUCCUUACUUCAAGGAUUGCAUUGGAGCCAUAGAUGGAUCGCAUAUCCCUGCAUGGGUAACUAUUGCUCAACAUCGAACAUUUCGUGAUAGGAAGGAAAAUAUAUCGCAAAAUAUCCUAGCAGUUUGUGAUUUUGAUAUGAAGUUCACAUAUAUACUUUCUGGUUGGGAAGGAUCAACAUCUGAUUCACAAAUAUUAGACGAUGUCAUUCACAGAGAAGGUGAGGCAAAGCUACCAGUUUCUAAAGGUAAAUUCUAUCUUGUAGAUGCAGGGUUUACAAACUAGAAGGGGUUCUUAAGACCCUACCGUAACGUUUGAUACCACUUGAAAGAGUGGAGAAAUUCGAAUGUUUCACCUUCCGACAAGAAAGAAUUGUUCAACUUGCAUCAUUCAAGAUUACGUAACAUAAUUGAGUGGGCUUUCGGACUGUUGAAGUCAAGAUUCAAGAUUUUGAAAACCCAACCAGAGUAUCCUUUCAAGACUCAGGCUAGGAAUGUAUAAGCUUGUGUUAUGAUACACAAUCAUAUCCUUACCCAAAAUAGUGUUCAAGAAGAAAAGGAAUGGCUUGAACAAGAGAAUGCAGUUACGGGUGAGAAUACUAAUGAAGAAGCAGAAGACAAUGAUGAAGAUAGUGAUGAGGAUUCUGACGUUGAUGAUGAAGAUGAUAACUUUGAUCAAGAUCAAUUCUGAGAGGAGAUGGCUGAUUACAUGUGGAAUGAUUGGAUGGCAGGAGAUGAUUCAGAUGAAGGAAUGCAUGAUUCUUCAUAUGGAUCACAAGAAGAUAUAGAUUGAAUCCAUUUAUCUUUUGUCCUAACUACUUGAACUAGACUUGGUUUCAUUUUAAGAUUUUGUAAUUUGAACUACAUGAACAUGUUUUGUGUGUCUUGGCUUGUAAUAACUUUUUUCAGUUCAUGGUUUCACUAUUAAUAUGCAUUCUUUGGAAUAUUAUGCUUUUUUUGGAUGGUUACAGUUAUUUCCUCCCUUUUUUUUUGGCUGAAUAUUUGAUAUCACGAUUCAUUGUAGCAAAGAUGGAUGCAGUUGAGGGUUCUAACUCAAAAAUUGCUACAUGGACUUCUGAGAUAUCUCACUACUUUCUGGAGCGUCUUCUACACCAACAACAAAGGGGAAAUAAUGGAGAUAAUGGGUUGAAAAAAUAACAAUUUCAAUUAGUCUCAACUGAAUUAUAUGAUAGAUUUCAUAUGAAAUAUGACU